AUGUUGUAGUGCGGAUGAGGCUAUGGAAUAAAUUGUUUUCCGUUCCUCGAGAAGCUGCAAUGAAAUAUCGACCACUCAUUGGUUUAGAAAUACAUGCUCAGAUAAUAACCAGAACGAAGUUGUUCUCAGCGGCAGCAUUUGAUGAUGACGCCCAUGCAAAUUCAUCUGUAGCACUGUUCGAUAUGGCAAUUCCUGGUACUCUUCCUGUCCUUAACAAAACUGCCCUAAUGAAGGGUAUAACAGCGGGUUUGCUGUUAAACUGUACGAUACCGGAAAGAUGUCAGUUUGUACGCAAACAUUAUUUCUAUGCAGACAUGCCGGCUGGUUACCAGAUCACUCAGCAAGACCAUCCUAUUGCUCAUUCUGGUUUCUUUGAAUUUUACGUCCACUGUAAUGAUGAGUCAUUUGUCCCGUAUAAAAAGCGUGUGGAUAUUCUAAGAAUUCAACUGGAACAUGACAGUGGCCGUACAAUUCACGAUUUCAGUAACAAUCGCUCAUUGAUCGAUCUCAACCGAGCCGGAGUUGGAUUAUUAGAAAUAGUGACCUCGCCAUCUAUGAAUUCCGCAUUAGAAGCUUACUGUUUCACUCAACAGCUACGUCUAACUCUCAUGGAAAAUAGUUUGUGCGGAGGAGAAAUGCAAAAGGCUCAAUUUCGAGUGGAUGUCAAUAUUUCACUUGGCAAAAAUAAUAGCGAUGAUAGAAGUGUUCGGACGGAGAUUAAAAAUUUAAAUAGUUUACGCAUGGUGCGUACAGUUGUCAACAGCGAAAUAGAUCGGCAGUACGAAAUUCUAAAAGCUGGAGGCACAGUACUGAAUGAAACACUCACUGUUGACCGCGAUGGCCAUACGAUAGCAAUGAGAGAAAAAGAAAUUGAGACGGAUUACCGUUUUAUGCCAGAACCCAACCUUCCUCCUGUACACAUUAAACGAGAAUGGAUAGAGAAUUGUCGUUCAAUGCUAUCGAAACCGCGCUAUUUGAAGAACAUAGAAGAAUAUGGCAUGGAGCCGGAAGUUGCAUUGCAAAUUGCUAAUCAAAAAACCCUGGCAGCAUUUGUUGAAAUGGUUUUAAAUACAUGUAAUGAUGCUACAAUGGCUUCAGUAUUUGUUGAAUGGACUUAUCUGUUGCAAACAAUUUGUCGUAACUGCAACAAAAGAUUCCCCUCAUCACGAACGGUUUUUGUAAAUCAUUUCGUGGAAGUGGUACAUCUUUAUCACACUAAACGGUUAACCAGGCUAACAACUUUUGAUCUAUUACGAAGAUAUGUAGAAACGGAGUUAGACAAAUCGGCAACUGAGAUUAUAAAUAACGAAAAUUUAUGGCGAGUACAAGACAAAGAUGAAAUCAUGCAAAUUGUGGAGAAGGUUGUUCGUGAAAAUGACAAACUUGUCAUAAAAAUACAGAAAAGUGGAGCGAAAAGACAUAUCACUAAAUUGCGAACAGCUGUACUUAAUGAAUGUAAUCGACGAAUUGAAGCUGAUGAAAUAAGUGAAAUAAUUAGACAAAAGCUUUUACCAGGAAGCUAACGGCGCACUGAAAUGUUUCGUAAUUGGUGACUUUUGUGCUGAUUUAUGCCAAAUUGUGACCACAAAAAGGAGUUUUCGUACCCUUGGCAUGUAACUUAUUGCGUACUGAAAUACAAAUGAGUCCAGUAUCUCAGGACUGAAUCAUCUUAUAAAUCAACAUCUUGAC